GAAAUACCCCCCAUCAAUUUUGAUCGAUCUCCCCGGUCUUGAUUGAUUCUUUACUCUUUUCAUAUUUUCUCCAUCACCUUGAUUGAAGUCUCCGAUACUUUCAAUCAAAUACCAAUUCUUCUCGAUUCUUGAUUCGUCGAGGAUUACAUUUCUCCCUUCUUCCAUUCUCUUUGCGAGGUUGAUCUUUAGGCUUCAACCUGUCGCAUUCACUUCAACAACCAAAUCUCGCAGAUCUCACGCGAUCAUUCAAUUUCUUGAUUUUUCAAGACCAUUUCAAGGAAACAUGUCUGCUUGGGAGACUGGAGAUAUGGCAGCUGCCUUGCCCGACACAACAGAAACGCCUGAUGUUGUCACAUUAGAGCGCAAGAAUCCUCAAGAAGCCGGCUGGGUUGUUGCCAAGAAGUAUGACUAUGAAACUUACAACAAGUCCACCAAGGAACAAGCAGAAGCCCGUGCUGCCGUUGCAGAUGGUGCUGACCCUGAUGUUGAGCUAGCAGCUGAUGCAGCUGAAGAUGCAGAGCCAGAGACGCUUGCUGUUGGCGGUCUUCGUCCUGGAGAAUGGGCCUCAAGUGGUGCUAUCUAUGAGUGGAACGAAGAAUAUGGUGAUGUUGGUCCUAAAUUCCCCGAUCUAGAGGAUCAAUUGUUCGGCAAGAACAACAAUCAUGUUCGUCAAGGUCUCGCCUUUGAGAGCAUUACCACCCUAAAAGUCACCCAAGAGGGGAGCGUCAAAAUUGAUCCCAUCCGCAGAUUUGAAGAUGCAGGCCUCCAUCCAGUUAUGUUGGAAAACAUCAAAUUGGCCGGUUAUCAUGUUCCAACACCAAUCCAGCAGUACUGCCUCCCAGCAAUUAAGAAGGACCAUGAUGUUGUUGCUUGCGCCCAAACUGGUUCUGGCAAGACUGCGGCUUUCUUGAUUCCAAUCUUGUCAAAGUUGAUGGGUAAGGCCAAAAAGCUUGCUGCACCUCGUCCAAACCCAGCCACCUAUGUGCCAGAUCGUGACAACUAUGUCAGAGCUGAGCCAUUGGUCGUCGUUGUCUGUCCCAGUCGUGAGUUAGCAACUCAAAUAUUUGAUGAGGCUCGUCGUUUCUGCUACCGUAGUAUGCUUCGACCUUGCGUUGUUUAUGGUGGCGGUCCUCUUGUAGAGCAACUUAGUCAACUAGCCAAGGGCUGUGACCUUCUUAUCGGUACCCCUGGCCGUCUUUGCGAUAUGAUCCGCCGUCCUCAUGCUCUCACUCUCAAGCGCCUUAAGUACAUGGUCAUUGAUGAGGCAGAUGAGAUGUUGGACUCCAGCUGGGAGGAGGAGUUGAAGCAAAUUAUGAGCGGUGGUGACCAAGAAGAGGGUAACAUCAUUUACAUGAUGUUUUCUGCCACUUUCCCAAAGAUGGCUCGUGCCAUUGCCAAGGAACAUCUGGCUCACGAUCAUGUUCGCAUUCGUGUUGGUCGUGCUGGUAGUUCUCAUACUAAUAUCAAGCAAGACAUCAUCUAUGUCGAAGCUGCCAGCAAGCGUCAAGCUCUUUACGACCUACUUCUAUCAACCCCACCUGCUCGUACCAUUAUCUUCGUCAACACCAAGCGUUCCGCUGAUGAGAUCGAUGAUUACUUGUUCAACAACGAUCUUCCUUGCACAUCUAUUCACAGCGAUCGUACUCAACGUGAGCGUGAAGACUCUAUCCGUGCUUUUCGCAAUGGAAAGAUGCCUAUCUUGAUCGCUACUGGUGUUUCUGCCCGUGGUCUCGAUGUACAUAAUGUGAUGCAUGUCAUCAAUUUUGAUUUACCAUCCAAUGACCAUGGCGGCAUUGAAGAGUACACUCAUCGAAUUGGUCGUACUGGUCGUAUUGGCAACAUGGGUCUUGCAAGCUCGUUCUACAAUGAUCGAAACGAGGAUAUUGCUGAAGCUUUGGUCAAGACAUUGUUGGAAACUCGCCAACCUGUUCCUGACUUUCUUGAGGCUUAUCUUCCUGAAGGCUUUACUAUGGAUGGUCAAACAGGUGAUCUCGCUACUCUCAAUUUUGAUGACGAUUCAGAUGAUGAAGAGGAAGCUGGCGAGAAUGCUGAGGGUAACACUGAAGGUGGUGGUGGCUGGGGAGCAGACAAUGCAGCUAAUAGUGGUGGCUGGGGUGCCGCUGAAACCACUGAAGCUGCUCCAGCUGAUGAUGCUUGGGGAGCUUCAACUGGUGGUGCUAACGGAUGGUCUUAGAUCAUUUUCAUAAAUUGUAAUAGGUUUUGAUUUCGAAAUCUAUCCUACACGUUUAUGUUAUUGACAUUUUAGAUGUCUCUAGCAAUUUGCUUCUAUUUGUCCUCUAUCUGAUAACAUAUAUGGGCGGGGACGGCCUUGCUUUGCACCAGGACUCUCUGCCUGUUAUGUUAAAUUUGUAUGCCUAUACUUAGGCCGGAGUUGCCUUUGGGGGCGGGAAUGGCCUUGCAUUGGAACAAGGAUUUCCUGCCUGGUAUGGAUGCAUAACAUAUGGGGUUUCAAUUUUCAAUUUCUAAGCAAAUUCAUAAAACAGAACA